AGGACAUUUUGAGAGUGGGGAGGUCUCUUCUAUAAUCCCUGUUGCUUGGAAUCCAACCAAGGCACACCGCGAUUUUGCUUUCUAUUGUGCAUAUCCGGGCGCAGGGAAAAUCCACAGAUUUGGACUCAGAAUCCUUUAUGCGAAACUAAGACCGGCAAUUUCCUUACCUUACAAUAUGACGUGCGGAAUGAAAAGAACUAGAUAAUGGGGUAUUCGCCUUCUACGCGUCGUCGAUAUAGUGACGAUGCCCCGCCCCGGAGAUACAGAGAUUUCUCAAGUGGACAACUGAGCCCAGAAAGGAUAUUUCAUCCGUCUCGCAGAGUUAUUCAAAGAAAUGAAGACAAAUUUGAUAUUUCUUAUGGAGGAGAACCCGUACCAGUGCAUACAGCAUUGGGGGAGCCCCAAUCCGCCACAGGGUCUUACGACAUUCUGAACACUUCAUCGCGCCCGUUAUCCCCGACUAUUGGCAGUUACAAUGUGGAGAAAAAUGCUAGUAGUAUACCUAGUUUCGUUGAAGGGAUUGAGAAUGACGGCACAAAAGCUGGAGAAGUUGAGGAGGCUGGCCUGUCGUGGACGGUGACUCUUCCGACCAACAACGAACAAAGCAUGCUUUACACAAACCCAACAGACUUAAACUCAGCUUGGAAGGUAGAAAAGGGUUAUGACAAAAAGAUUGGUACGACAACUCUUCAAUCGAUUUACUCUAUAAAAUAUUCCAUUGGUGAGAUGGGACAAGGAAAAACUACACUUUUCUGCCCACAAGGCCCAAUCAGGGACAAUGAAGAUCUAGCCUCAGUACAGGCGAAGUGGCUACAUGUUCAAAGGCAUUCAAUGAGUAUUAAAGUCUUGGAAAAACUCGUCAUGGAUUGUCCAAUAAUUAAUGCAGAUAUUCGAAGAGUUGCUAUUCUACUCCUUGAAGCUGUCGAAAAGUCAUUUCUCCGGGAAUCUGAAAAUGGUGCAUAUAUCGAACCAGGCUCGGUUUUGCGAUUUACUGGCACCCGCCAAGUCCUUCAUGACUCACACGAUUUUGUGGUCACGGAACCCGUUGUUUUUGUGGCUUUCCCAUAUGUAGAGUUGGCUUCAUCAAGAAACAAUCAUGGAUCCCGUGAAAGGGACGAUUUCUAUCCUCGAACUCUGCUUCAGAAUCUUUACGGAUUUGAUGUUGUCACAAGCCGGGGCAAGAAUCAAGUUAUUCACAAAAUGCCGGCCAGUAGUCAACCAAAUGAUACCUUGUUUGUCAAUCAGUUGUGGUGCCUCAUGAUAGGUUCGGAUAUCUUGAUCACUCUGUCGGACCGCCCUGCGGAUGAUUUGCUUGGAGACAUGAUCGGGAAACGCACCGACUACUUCAGGCAACCACUUAGGAUCGAGAUUGUCGAUAUGAAUGGCUACCAGCACAGCAUGAGUAUAUCAUCGAAGACUCCAUGGGUAGAUUUCUUUCGGCAUGUUAUACUUACUGUUCACGGCAAUCUCAUCAGCAUCAUGGACUAUGAGCUAGUCGACCAGACAGACGAAGUUGUAACGAUGGAACGAUGGGCGGAACUCGCAAAAGGGACAAGAACAACGCUUCUCAAGUUUUAUCUUGUCGAAAGAAAGACAUCAGCAUCGCGCUCAUCAAGUGUGUCUAGUCGAAGAAGCAGUCGCUCGGGCAUUAGAAGACUUUUAUUGCUCGAUUACGCACACCGCGACAAUCGCCACAGCUCAAAAACAAGCGUAUCACGCUACCAUGUGGAUAGGUAUAAUGGAGAUUCAUCCUCUAGCGAAAGGAUAGCUAAAUCCAAAAGGGCCUCAACUCCAGGACGACCCAGGUACUUAGGGUUUUUGAUGGAUGGUCAAUGGCAUAACCAGCUAGCUAAGAUGAAAGACCAACAACUCGAGGCGCAAGCAGAAUUUUCCUCAAAAACCGAUACACAAAGUCUCUAUCCACAUCCUUCUCCCACAAUAAUAACUCUAGACAGCAGUGACGAAGAUUACCCUGGGACUGAGAAAAUACGCCCUAUUCCGCGCAAUUCUCAAGACUUUGACAGUAAUUCUGAAGGCGUAAGAGAUGAAGGCGAUUCUUCUCUGCGAAAUAUAGCUCAACUUCCGAAACACCAACAGCUACCUCCAUUAGGUGAUACUGAUGAGGGUAUCCGCCUUGCAGGACCUUUGUCAAUACAAGACCAUCCCUUGACGCACGAACAACAGGCUCCUGCAAGGGACAGUGAAGAACAGAGAGAAAAAGCCAUAAGCCUCGAAGGCAGCUUUUUCUACAUUGAUGAUGAACAAAACAGGACAUUGAAAGAAGAAGCUUCAGAUGGGCCAAUAAUAAAAGAUACGGCUAGUUCUGCCAACAAUGUUGGUACUCGAAUGAGCGAUGACGGGCUAAAUGAAUGCAAAGAUACUUCCGCAACCCAAUCAAAUACACCAACUACAAUGUACAAAAAAGUCCAGGUAGAAGAUGGAUCUGAGUCUUCUGAUGAGGUCGAGAUAAUUAGACGCAUAUAUGAUGAUUCGACUGAGGUUAUUUUACCUAACAACAGUACCGAGUUCAACUUGGAAGAUUAUGCGGUGCUAAAAGACGAACAUGAUCCCGCUGCAGAUAAUUUACCUAACUUUGGCAAUCAAGAAAGGUCACCAGAGAAAAGAUAUAUCUUUCGGAAUAGUACCAAGGUUGUUCGAGAAUUUUCACAUGGGAAGUAUCGCUCCCGAUCCUCCUACCUCUCAAAUUCGACAGAUGAUUCUCUCUCAAACUCGACAGACGAUUCCCUCUAUUCACGUGGAAGGAGUCGUAGACGGAGACAACCCGCUUGGAGACGGGAAAAUGCAGGUUUAGCUCAUGAAUCUUCGUCGCGCCCUGGGGUGCGCUUUCAACCCCAGGAGUGGCACUCGAGCGACAAGGACAAUGCAGAGAUGUCCCCUUUUGGAAGUUCAACUGCAACCAAGGUAGACGCGCUGCCUAUACAAACAGCUGUGCCAUUCUUUUUCUGGAAACAAAACAGUGUGACAAGUACAUGCUCGUCUCAUGACACUCCGGAGCAAGCCUUGAUUAAGCUUCUUGAUCAAAUCGAUGAACGAAUUUCUGGAGAUCCAAUUGGCAGAUACUAUUCGAAAGUACCAGAGCUGACUAUGAAUGAUGUCUUAUCGAGGCAGGAGUCCCUUCACGAGCCUGGUUUGGGCCCGAGAAUUGUACUGGAUGAAUCCAGUCAGGUGAAUAGACUUGCUGGUCAAGGAACAAUUGAUAUAAGGACAGGCAACAUGUUCGCCUUCCGUUCAUCUAAAAACCAAGCUGCAAGGAUGAACAAAGGGGGCGAUGAGAAUAACACCGAAAGCGUGGAAGCGCUCAGCUCCUAUUUGGACGAUGAUCUAGAAAGCAAAAAUGAAGCUCCGGGAACAGAUAGUAAAGACAAGGUGCCUAGUUUGACAAACGAAUCGCUAGACCGAGGUGCACAAGAGCAAACAAACGUUAGCCAAACGCAAGCUCUAGGCCUCAUAAGCCAUGAUAAAGCACUCGCGAAACAACUGAUUGAGAUAAGCCAGCAGAUUAUAUGGUCAUUUAUACCAGAUACUGGCGGCUCUGUGAUACAUACCCUAUUAAAACGACUUUGGGGCUGUGUAGAUAUUAUGUGUCUGCAACUACUUUGGGAAGAGAACCAAAGAAGAAGUGACUCUGAGUGCACGUAUAUCAUACGUAAUUUCUCAAGUCAAGUCAAGAAAAUGGAUCUCCAAAGACAAAAGCUUACCUCGGGAAAGAUACACUAUUUAUUUUGCGGAGAUUGCAAGGCUGCAAAGCCUUACCAAUCGGCCAUGGAUGCUCUGAACCAUUUACAUGAAAAGCAUAUUGAAUGCAAGCAUACUAAUUCCGAGCGACCAUAUGACGAUCCUUGCUAUGUAUGGCUUCAUCGUAUUUGGCACGAUGGAUACCCGAUGCGAAGUUCCCGUGAUGGACUCCUUGGGAUUAUGGAAGACUUCAUCGAGGAGCUUUCCUAUUUCAGCAACUAUGUGAGGGAGCUACACAAUAUGACGAUAAGAGAUUCCUCAGCAAGCGAUGCAAUAUCAACACCUCCAUUACCGAUGAAUAUUACUCAUGCGUUUCAACAAAUUGUCAAAAUGUUUGUCUUUCGCUCCAAGCAGCUGUCUCUUAUUAAUCGGCGGCGAAGCUUAAUCAGCGGAAGUUCACUUGAGAAUUUUUCAUUGAUUCAGCGUAUUGAUCGAAAGAUUGAAGAACUUUUUUCGCUAGAAAUGGAUGCGAACGAACGCAUCAUAGACCGUCUAGAAAGUGCCAAGAAAGACAUCUUUCUGUCUGGUAUCGAAUCACAUUCUGAGAUGCUUGAGGCUGAGACUGUCCGAGUCCAAUUUCUUGCUUUAGCACUCAUGUCAGGGAUACAGAGACCUCUUUUGCAGCCAUCUGUCAUGGGUCGCUCUCGUGUAAAAGAUGCACUUUUGCAGCUUUAUAAAGACUACACAUCUAGACUUCAUUUCCAAGCGAAUAACCGACCUCGAAAACGAGUCUUCUUGGAUAUUCAUGGUCUCGAAGAAGAGCUUCAAGCAUUGGAUAAAUUGUUAGGUAGCCAGGAAAGCUGCCUCUAUAAUGCUCUCACUCUUAUCGACCCUCUCACUUCUCGUUACACUACAGAGACGCGAUUCAGAGAAUUCCGAGUGGAAGUCCAAUAUGGUAAUGAUCAAUUACACCAACUCGUAGAAAGACGGCGAGAGAUUGACAAUUUAGCGACACGGCUGUGGAUUCUGAAAGAUCAAGUGAAGCAAACGAUUGAAAUCAUGGAAGAAGACCAUGGAAAAGCGAUUAGAGUUUUCACCGUCGUUACGCUGUUUUUCUUGCCAUUAUCAUUUGUUUCAAGUUUCCUUGGCAUGAAUACGGUAGACGUGAGGGAUUCGGACUGGAACCAGGGGAUCUUCUGGAUAACUGGAAUACCACUAACGUUAGGAGUCCUAUCGCUAGCAUUUGUUUACGGCUACAAAGGUGAAGAAAUUCGUGACUGGAUGAUUCCAAAAUUGCAAGGCCGAAGCCACCAAUAUCCGUCACCAGCAUUUCACGAAAUGGAUGGCCGGACAUCGCUUGAGACAAGACGGAAAGAGUGGAAUCUGGCUACAACAACAGACCAUAACGCAACUCAGAAAACAGAUUUUAAGACUCGAGUGGGAAGCAAAAUAAAGAAUAUAUCCGGUUGGCAGCGUCAAAUGAACGAAGCCUUCAAGGUGUCUGACGGGCCUGAUGGGAAAGUUUCGAUAAGGAGGCGAAACACAGAAGAUAGUUUGGCACCCAUGAGGCAUUGAUGAACGUGCGCAAUGAAGAUAGCUCUGGUGUUUACAUUCUACUACAUGGAUAGUUGUGUCUGCUGGAACUACAAUAAGGAUAAAGACUAUGAGUGGUACAAUUUUAUGAAGCUAAUACAUUUCUGCUAGAUAUCAUUGGUAUUAGUGGACUUUGACAACAGCCAGGACGAAUCCAGUGAACACAGGCGUAGGCACCAUUGGGUGGCAAGAUACUGUGGGCAUCAACGUGGCCUGGACCCUGGGGUCUCUUCCAAUCUUUGUCAAGAUAGUCUCGCCUCCCUCCUUAGUCUGUCCGUCCUUGAUCAUUGUGGG